ACUAAAAAUGUUCAGGGCGGUAAUCCACAAUACAGCUCCCACCCGCCGGCGGUAUUGACUUCGCAAUUGAGAUUAGAACUCGUCUUUCUGUUCCGGGCUCCCGCCGCGUUCCGCCUACAUCUCUGACGAGACUUUUACUUCCAUUUCUCUAUUGCCCAAAUAUCGCCCAGAAAGAAAACAAAAAACAAAUUCAGUGAGAUGGGGACAGAUACGAGAAGUAAGACAAAUUCAAUGCGGAAUCGCAGUACAAAGUUAUCGGAUCGGUCAAGUGUUUUGUGCAGUUGAAGAUUGAAGUUCAUUCUUCCAUCGCUUGACCCGGUACGCUUGGUGCAUAGGUUGAAACUUGGUUGGGCAGAGAAAUGGGGGGAAUUUGCUCCGGAGGGACAACUAAGGAUAAGGGCCGCCAUGGGAGAGGCUCAAGUGUUUCGAAAAAGCUCGAGCCCGUAGCAGCGUCUGGGCAGGAUAAGAAUGUAGGUUCAUAUGAAUAUCCCAGUCCUGGUGCUCCUAAGAAGAUGCCUGACCUAUACUUUUCGGGCGAAUUGCUCUCAAUUUCAGGAGAGUUGAAGACUAACAAGGCAGCGCCUCAAGCAAGUUCUUUUCUUGGGAAAGCCGGGACAGCAGGCCUUGAGAGGGCCGUGGAAGUUCUAGACAGCUUAGGAAGCAGUGUCACUAAUUUAAACAACAGCGGGUUUAUUUCUGGCACGGGGAGAUCAAGAGGGAAUAGAAUAUCCAUACUGGCAUUUGAGGUUGCUAAUACCAUCUCCAAAGGUGCUACGUUGUCUCAAUCUCUAUCCCAAGAAAGCAUUCGCCGCUUGAAAGAGGAGAUUCUACAUUUAAAGGCUGUGCAAGAGUUGGUCUCAACUGAUACACAAGAGUUGCUCACCAUAGCCGCGGCUGACAAAAGGGAGGAAUUUGAUGUCUUUUCGCGGGAAGUAGUGAGAUUUGGAAAUAUGUGCAAGGAUCCACAAUGGCACCACCUGGAUCGCUAUUUUUCGAAGUUGGAUUCUGACCCGGUAAACAAUAAGAAACUCAUGGAGGAGGAUGAAAUGACUUUGCAAGAGUUGGCCACACUCGCAGAGUAUACUUCAGAACUGUAUCAUGAGUUACAUGCUCUGGACAGAUUCGAACAGGAUUACAGGAGGCAAAUCGAUGAAUUAGUGUCUUCAAACCUACCUCGUAAAGGAGAAAGUCUUGAGAUGUUGCACAUUGAGCUAAAAAAACAAAGGAAAACUGUGAGGGGCUUGAAAAAGAAAUCCAUCUGGUCCAAAGUUCUGGAAGAGGUUGUGGAGAAGCUUGUUGAUAUUGUUGCCUCUCUUCAUCACAAAUUUAUAAAUGCAUUUGGAGAUAGUGGAUUAACAUAUGCGUGCAACAAGAAUUCAAAGGGAGUAGAAAGAUUAGGACCGACUGGUCUUUCCUUACACUAUGCUAACCUCAUCACUAAAAUCGAUAACCUUGCCUCGUGCCCCACUUCCCUCCCCCCAAACACGAGGGAUGCAUUGUACAAAGGGUUGCCUUCAACCGUGAAGGCAUCACUUCGAUCUCAACUACAGUCACAAGCUGAUACCAAGGAAGAGUUAACCGUCCCUCAGAUCAGGGCUGAAAUGGAGAAAAUUCUUAUUUGGCUUCUUCCAGCCGCUAUUGAUACUACAAAAUCACAUCAAGGUUUUGGAUGGGUUGGAGAGUGGGCCAACACCGGAAACGAAUGCGGGAGAAAAGAGGAUAUGCAGAAGACCAACCUCACCAGGCUGCAGACACUUUAUCAUGCAGAGAAACACAAAAUGGACUCAUACAUCCUUGAGCUGGUGAUGUGGCUUCACCGGCUCAUCUGCCUCAUGAGAUUUAACGGGCCCACCAGGGGUUUGGCGACAGGGAGAUCAUCAACUGAUAAAAGGCAUGUUCCGGGUACUGCAACACUCCAUGACAGUAAGCCAAAGGUACAAGUUCUCGACGAAGAAGACGAGACAUUGUUGGAAGGAGUGAUGCAAAACAGAAAGCUUGUCGUCCCCGCUGGGUUGAGCAGAAGCGAAGAGCUUGUCAAAGCAUCAUCCAACAAUGGGGGAAAUGAUGAGAAGGUUAGGGGGCAUAGUAGGAGCGCUGGAAGCUCACCUUGUAAGUUAGAAACUCCAAAGGAUAAUGCCUUGGACAUUUUAGUCUUUUAGAUGGGUUAGGAUAGGUAAUUGGGCUUUAUUUUUCUGUUUUUUAAUAGACAAGUAUAUAUAAAUAGACAAGUAUGUGUAAAGAGUUCAUUCCAUUUUUAUGUGUAUAGAUUUAAUUCCAUUUCAUCCUAAAACUUGUAAGGGGGCAAGAGAACAACCAAUUAAUUAGUCCAUCCAUUUAAUUAUCAAAAAUAAUAAUAUUUGUGUGAAUAU